GCGAGGAGGAAACGCUUAAGCGAGCUUGCCUUGAAGAAGGAAACAGAGAGAGGGUGGAAGAAGACAUGGCUGAACUGUCACUGUAUCUGACAAACGUCAACGUGUCUCUUGGGCAAACUAUGGACACAGAGAAGAACUCUUCUGUCGUGAAAGAGUUUGAAAGUGUGGAACUCGGAGAUCUGGGGAAAAAGCAGCCGAAGAUUCCUCGCAGAACAAUCUACUUCGCGAGUGGUGAAACCAUGGAAGAGUUCAGUACAGAUGAUGAGGAGGAGGAAGAACCAGAGAAAAAGAACACUCUAAGUACAGUAGAUCCGGCUAAGUUGACCUGGGGUCCAUACUUCUGGUUCCAAAUGUGGAGAGUGGGUACGUCUACCAUCUCAGUUUGUGACUAUCUUGGUGAGAGAAUGGCCUCAUUGCUUGGAAUCACAACGCCAAAAUAUCAGUAUGCAAUUGAUGAGUACUACAGGAUGAAGAAGGAGGAGGAAGAGGAAGAAGAAGAGAACCGGCUCUCUGAGGAGGCAGAGCGGCAUUUUGACAAGCAGCAAAAUCAGGAGGGCCAGCAGCCAAAGAUUGAGCAGCCAGAGGCAACUGCUUCCUUUGUGAACGUGACCUUUGAACUUGAACAGGAAUCCCAUACAACACCUGAUGCUAAUAAAGUGCCUGCCCCCAUUCCCUCCUAAAUUGCUGUUCAAUCAAAAUUGAUUGAAAUUCAAAAUUGGAUGAUUUAACCCUAUUUACUGUAAACAUAAGUACAAGGUUUGCUUGAUUAAAUUUUUUGGGAAGUUUAUCAUAUAUGAUGCUAAAUUUGAACAUGAAGGUACAUGUUGUGUAUGCAUAGCUGACAAUAGUUCUGCUUUUGAAUUCAAAACUAUUUUAAUAAUUUAUAAACCUUUCAGUACAUAAGUAGAAAGUACCAGUAGCUUAUUAAAAAAAAAAUCCCCACUAAAACAAUUUUUUUUUUCUCAUUAUAAAAACCUACUAAACACUAUAACAACUGCAUGGAUCUCCAAUCUCUAAGGUGUUGUCAACUAGUAGACGAGUUAUAAAAUUAGUAAUUUACUAAGUUACUGAUUACAUUGAGUAUUUGAAAGGUCAAUGGUCAGAUGAGAAAAUGCACUUUUCAAUCAAAUGUCCUUUUGUAUUGUGAACACUAUUUUUGGUGUGUAUGUGAAUAUGUUGUCUACCUAUGUAAAACAUUUGAGUUAAAGUUUGUCUACUCGCACACGAAUGGAAAUGCAUUUCAUUUUGCGUAUGUUUAUUUGUGUACAAUGUUUUUUGUUUCUAUGUUUUUUUUGUAAGUGAAAAAAUGCAAACUUUUCUAUAUAAAUGUAUGUGAAAUAAUACAGCUUGUCUUGUAAUAUAUGAUUACUUAAAAACUUCAAAAUAUAACUUAACUUUUAUGUUUAUUCCUCUGGAUGUUUUUUUUUCAAGAGUAGUAUAAUUACUACUUUAUUACAGAACCUCUCUGUUCUUUUAAGUCCAGAAGCCAUUGAGAUCAAUGAGAAUGAAGUCACUGUAUCGCACUGACCGCUGUUAACCAGGUCUUGUAGGGAUCCUUGCAGGUUUGACCAUAUUAGAGAUUUCAUCCUGUACACACACGUGAAUUAUGAUACAGUUUGAUCACCAUAUUAUGAUUAGUUAAUGAUAAAUGUCACUGAAUUUUCCAUUUUGUGUGUGAUACAGAAUAUCUAUUACUAUUAAAAAGAAGAGGUCUUGUAC